AUGGCACCACCACCGGCUGAGAGCCCCAGCAACGGGCGGACGCUGCCCUUUCCAGCGCGUAUCAGGGAAUUCACACCCAUGGUCUUGUUCAUGACCUUCUACCUCGCGGUGACGGCCUGGAACUACGGCUACGACGUGUCCGUGUUCGCCGGCGUGCAGGCCAUGGACCCGUUUGUGCGGCGAUUCGGCUCCUACAACGCAGGCACGCGCAAGUACGCCAUCCCGUCGUACCUGGUCUCGAUCCUAAACUCGUUCCCAUACUUGGGCAAGCUGCUCGUUCGUAUGCCCCCGUCUGCGCCGCCAUUGUUCCCCGACUACUCCAAUACUCUACAGUAUAUUGACGAACGAACCGACACCAAGGGAUGCUGGGCCGCCGCGCCCAUGGCGGAAAAGAUUGGCCGCAAAAAGUCCGUCCUGGCUGUGAUAGCCACGUCUUUUAUUGGCGUGCUGCUUCAAAUCACCGCGACGACGGUGGCGCAGUUCACCGUCGGCCGCAUGCUCUGCUACGCCAUGACGGGCAUCUGCGUCAACGUCAUGCCCGCGUACAUGGCCGAGUGCGCGCCCGCCCGCCUGCGCGGCAUGGUGACGUCUCAGCUGCAGAUGCAGAUCGUGGUGGCCCAGCUGGUGGCUUCGGCGGUCAACUACGGGACUUCUACGAUCAAAUCGGAUGCCGGAUGGCGCAUCUCGGUCGGCAUCCAAUUCAUCAUGCCUGGGUUACUGCUCGUUUUGUAUCCCAUCAUUGUGGAGUCUCCGCGCUGGCUAUUAUCGCAGGAUCGAUUUGAGGACGCAUCAGCCUCCCUGCGCCGGUUACGAAAAAAGGGCGUGCCGGACGAUGUAAUCCAGGAUGAGGUGAACCUCCUGGGUCACCUGCAAGGCAACGAGGGCAAAGGGUCGUGGAAAGAAGUCUUUGCAGGGACAAACAGGCGCCGGACAGUCAUAGCGGUCAUCGUCAUGGUCGGGCAGCAAAUCACCGGCCAGGCCUUUGUGUCGCAGUACUCGGUCACGUUCUACAAACAGCAGGGCUACACCAACAACUUCGAGCUUGGCAUGAUCCAGCAGGCGCUCGGCGUCGCGGCGUCCAUCCUCACGGCCCUCGUGGUCGACUCGUUCGGGCGGCGGCGCAUCCUCCUCAUCGGCGGGACCGCCAACUCGGCGUUCCUCUUCAGCAUGGGCGCCAUGGGGAGCAUCGCCCACCCGUCCACGACCGAGAAGCGCCUGCUGGUGGCGAGCGUGAUGAUCUGGUUCUACUUUUACCUGCUUUCGUGGGCGUCCGUCCCGUACAUUGUGCUUGGCGAGGCGUCGACGCGCCGCGUCGUCGAGAAGACGAGCAACCUCGCCGUGUCGCUGUCCGUGCUGUCUGCGUUCCUGGUGUCCUUUACUGCGCCGUACCUCAUCGGUGCGGACUAUGCCAAUCUGGGCGGCAAGGUGGGCUUCAUAUACGGCGGGCUGAGCGUCGUGUUCACGGCCUUGACGUGGUUCUACGUCCCGGAGAUGAAGGGCCGCAGCCUCGAGGAUAUUGACUCUUUGUUCGAGAAGAGGGUCCCGACGAGGGACUUUCGCAGGGCGGAUGUCUCUACUGUCCAGAUCUCUCUGGAUAAGCUCGGGGAAAAGGAUAUGGCGACGGGGGAGGAAAGGGGAUCCUCUUGA